AUGUCGGAGGCCUGCUGGAAGAAGUGGAUGCCGAGCGCCGAGAGCAGGAUCCGCCGCAUGACCGGGGACAGAGAGAAGACAAGGUCCUUCCAAACCUGCCACUCCUCGCCGCCGCUCCUCCUGGGCACGGCUGCCCGCCGCCUCCUCCGACAUCUCGGUGCCGACGGCACCUGCGCGGCCGAGGCCGAGGCUGCCGCCUCCACGACGGACUUCCUUAUCGCCAACCCGAAGCGCAGGGCGAGGGCUGGCGGCUGCAGGCUCAAGGACUUCGGCGCCGGCAGGAAAUCCAAGUGGCGGCUGCGGCGCGAAGGGUCCUUCCUCGAGCUCCACGAGACGGGCAGGGCCAGGCUCGACUUCUGCCGGCGGCGCCUUCGCCUUGCGAAGGAGGGCUGGAGGCGGGUGCUCAAGGCGGCCAUCAAGAAGUUCAAGGCGCGGCAGCGGCGGUCCCGGCAGGCUCCCCUCCUCCAGAUGAUGCUCCCCAUGCUGUGAUCGAUCGAUCUCGCGCGCUCCCACGAUUUGCUUGUUUUU